AUGGGUUGGAAGAUGGCGUCUCCCACAGAUGGGACAGAUCUGGAAGCAUCUUUGUUAAGUUUUGAAAAACUUGACCGUGCCUCACCUGAUCUUUGGCCAGAACAAUUACCAGGUGUUGCUGAAUUUGCAGCUUCCUUCAAAAGUCCUAUUACUAGCUCUCCACCCAAAUGGAUGGCUGAAAUAGAACGUGAUGACAUCGACAUGUUGAAAGAACUGGGGAGCCUCACCACGGCUAAUUUGAUGGAGAAGGUACGAGGCUUACAGAACCUGGCCUAUCAGCUGGGGCUGGAUGAGUCCAGAGAGAUGACACGAGGGAAGUUCCUCAACAUUCUAGAGAAGCCUAAGAAGUAGCAGCUGCCAUGGACAGGAUGUCCUAAGAAUUGUAAGCAAGCUCCCUUCCCAGUGCAGCUCUGACGCUCACCUCACUGCUUCCUUGGGAGGGGCUGGAGGUUGUACCUCCAGGACUGCCCCUCUCCCCUGCUCCUGGUACUCAGCGCCUCUGAGGACAUUUGGCGGCAAGAAUCUGCUCUACCCAAGGAUCAUUGUGGUUAUUCAGUCAGCUUCCAAAUUUGACUUUCUUAAUCUCGGAUAUUGGUAACACCAGAGGGCAUAUCAUUCUUAAAGAUUAAAGUCCUGCUUGCUCAUUUCCGGAAGUUGUUCAGGAGCCCCAGGAUUUUACAAUUGAUUUGAUUCAGUGAUGGCAAAGUCAGUUGUGACACGUUGAUUGGAUGGGUUCUUUUGAGUUGUACUUGAUCUCUUAGGAUGUAUUUAUGAUGCGAAGAGAGCAGAUACCAACCUGAAUCAGCCAGACCAUGUAGCCUGACCUGUGAACUCUCCAGUGAAUACUGGGUUCCAAGCAUCCUCAGCUGGAGAAACCGGAUUCUUCUUGAAAUGUUCACCUGCUUUUUAAAUUCUAUACCUCUCAUGAUAGUCCCAUCCCCCAAUGCCUUCCAUUCUCCUCCUAGCCCCACCUUGCAGUUCUGACUCCAGGCAAGGGGAUCCCUGAGUAGUGAGUCCCCUCCUAGAAGUGGCUUGUAUAGUGAAAGGCCUAUGUAAGGUUGUGUCGGGUUUUAGACCUCAAGACUAAUAUGAAGGUCACAGAAAGGACUUCUGAUUUCUAGUUAAUCUGUUACAGAUUCAAGGGAGAAAGUCAAUAUGGCCUUAAUGAUAAGAGAAGGGAUGGUUUAUAGGAAUUUGGUUGAAAACUAGAAGCCCAAUUGCCCUUAAAGGAAUGUUCUGUGGGAUGGUGGCAAUGUUUUGUCCCCCUUGUUCCAUUCACAACACAUAUCAGAUACUUCACCUAUAUGACAGAAACACACACAUGCACGCACACACACAAAAGAGAAUUUCCUGACUUAAAUGCAGCUCUUAGGGAGUUCUUCACCAGUUAUAUGUCUGUGUAUUAAAACCUGAAAAUCCAACCCUUGGAUAAAAUCGAUUACACAUGUUCUCCAUAUUAUAAGCCAGCCCCUGGCAUCUGCUGUUUCAGAAGUAAAUAGAAUUUCCUAAACUUUACAAAAAGAACAUCCCUGUGAAAACAGUUUGAUGGUGUUUGGACACAAGAAAAGUUGUAGUCAAGUUUUUGGUCUUGAGUAUCUGGGCAAGGGUACAACACUUUUCAGUUUAACAGCUGGUCCAUUAACCAUCUUUUGACAUUUGUGCCUUGUUUCUCAUGCUAGAAGCAAUGUUGGAUUUUUCUCAUUUGUGCCAUUUGACCAUCCAUACAAUUUUACUUAUUGAAAGGGAAAAAAUUGAACACAAGACACAAAAGAUGAUUAUGAGAAGUAAAACAUAGGUUGUAGAGGCUUUGAUUUUAAGUUAACCUUAUUAUUGACAUUUAUCUCACUAAAUGCGGUUCAAGUGUGUGUGUGGCCAAAAAAUAGUGCCAUAAUGUCAAAUUCUUCCCUGCUCUGUUUUGAGAGUUGAUGAUGUCGGGCACUUUCACAUGGAUAAAUUGAGAAAUAUUUGGAGAAUAUUGAGAUACCUCCCCGAGAUCAACUCAAGACUUUAACUGGUAGUUGGUUUUCUGGUCUGCUUUGACCUCUUUCUUUUACUGUCAUCUUAUUCACCAGCACUUAAUGUAAGUAGAUGUUUUAGAAUUCUGAUAUUUAUUGGGUUUGUAUUUGUCAUCCUUAGAAAUGUUAAUGAUGUAUUUUUAUAUGGAUAAUAUAAAUUUAUGUGCAAUGUCUAUGUGUAUGUAUUUCAGGAUGUUAGAGGAUUGUACUUUGUAUAUGUUGGUUUCUGUGUCUUUGUAAUAAAUAUGUCCCUUCUGUAGGAGGGUACGUUUUUCCCAAGGUGCAUAUUUAAGGCGUAGGCCUCAUCAGAAAGUACGAUUGUAAACACACAUAACCCACUGUCUUCCUCUGUAAUAUCUUAGUGGAUGAUUUAUGGGCUUUAGAGUCAUCUCCUUGGUCUCCCCGAGCUGCCAGUCUGUCCUAGCAGCCAUUCUGCUCAUUACUGUUCAACUCCCUCAAGUAGUAUUUAGAAACUUUUAACACCUCCCAUGUCUGCUAAUAAAGUCUAGAUCUCUCAUCCUGGCAUUUUAAGACCUCCUACAUGUGAUCUUAAUCAGCCCUCCAGUUUGGUUUCCUUUCUCUCCCAUAUAUGAAGUCUGUGUUCCAGUUACUCAGAACAAUUCCCAGUUCCCCACUUGAGUGCCUUUGCUCAUGCCAUUGAGUUGCUACAAAGUCUGGCAUCCCUCUUGCACCUAUCAAAUGUAUUCUUCCAGUAAACCCUUUAUGACCCAGCUGGAAACGAUCCUUUGCCCUGCAUUCCUACAACGUUUAUGUAUAUUAUCCCAGUGAUUCUUACCAUACCCCUCCUUGUAUUUAAGUGACCUGAGUACAUAUCUUAUUGCCCUACUCAAUUAUAAGCUUCUCAGGGUUAUGGCUUGCUCCUAUACAUCUAGUUCUUCAGUGUCUUCUUUGAACUCGGAGUGCAAAACCUGUUUGCAGACUUCCAG